GGAUUUAGGGGAGCUUUGGGGUUGGAGAGCGGCAGUUGCAGGGAGUCAGAGCUGAGCAGAGGUUUAUGGACAGAUGGGAACGCUGGAGAAAGUUUGGAGCUGCUCUGGAGUUUUUGUUAACAAAGACGAGGAGACAAGGACGAUGUGGGCAGACUGAGCAGGAACGUCUGAUUCCCUCUGAGAGAUUUAUUCUCUGUCAGUGUUACUUCACCUGAACCAGUGAAACCAGUGACACCAGGCCCCAGGAUGGCUGCUGUCCUCGUGUCCCUGCUGCUGCUCUCGGCGGUGGGCGUCUGCGGUCCGACUCUUGUUGUGGGGAACUCUGCUGUGCGGGUCAGCAGAGGGCGCUCAGUUUUCAUCACCAGAGCAGAGCUUCAUAUUGGUGUCAAUCCGAGCGCCGACUGUAAGGUGGAGGUGGUGAUGAACGAACCUGUGACUCAGAGGGUCGGGAGGCUGACCCCACAGGUGUUUGACUGCAGCUUCCUGGAGGAUGAGGUGAAGUACGUCCAUGAUGGCAGCCCUCUGCUGGACGAGGACACGGUGAUGCUCAGAGUCUACAGGUUCACGUCUUCAGACACGCAGGUGGAGACGGUGGUCCUGAAGGUCCAUGUGGUGGACUCGAGGUCCGGCGUGGUGGAGCUGGGCAGCGCUCCGCUGGUUGUUCCUGUGUUCUACGGUUUAUCCAACGCCAUCAACAGCUCCGUGCUGAACAUCAGGACCGCAGCCGACCUGGUCUGCACCGUCAGGCUGAUGACCACCGACACCAAUGUCCCCACUGUGGGUCGGCUGGUGAGGGAGGAAGACUCCACGCAGAGGAAGGGCCGUCAGGCGGCGGCACUCUGUCCGGGAAACAGACCGUGUCUGCACGACACCACCGAGGUCCGCUUCCUCAAAACCAGCUGCCACGACUUCCUGAGCUCUGGCCUCAAAUACCAGCACCUCAGCCCGCCGUCCCCGGAGAUCGACUACGUCCCCAUCAGGGUGGAGCUGAGGGAGCAGGCGAGCAGGGCCCUGCUGGAGUCAGAGGCCAUGUGGCUGCCGGUUCUGAUCCACGGGGCGAUGCAGAACCAGCCCCCCCAGCCUGCCUUCAUGGCCUCCUUCAUCCUGGAGGUGGACCAGUUCGUCCUCACCCCGCUUACCACUGCCACGCUGGAUGCCAAGGACCACGAGACUUUACAGGAGAAGCUGGUCUUCAAUGUGACCGUCCCACCUGCCGAGGGCUACAUCACACACCUGGAUGACCACACCAAGCCCAUCUGGUCCUUCACCUGGCUGGACCUCCACGAGAUGAAGGUGGCCUACCAGCCACCCAACAGCAGUCGGGUACAGCGCAGGAACUACGAGGUGGAGUUUCAGGCAAUAGACGGCUCCUAUCUGACCAGCCCGCCCAUCAUAGUCCACAUCUCCAUCAGGACAUCAGAAACGAACGCGCCCAGGGUCUCCUGGAACAUGGGUCUGGACCUUCUGGAGGGUCAGUCCCGACCGAUCACCUGGGAGCAGCUGCAGAUUGUCGACAACGACAACAUAGAUGCCGUUUACCUGGUGGCCGUGGACGGACCUCUGCACGGACGUCUCAGUGUCAGAGGUGGGAAGGCGUUUAUGUUCCGUGUGCGGGACCUGAAGGAGGGCGCUGUCAUCUACCAUCACUCCGGCAGCGACUCCACCCGCGACCACAUUGUCUUCCGCAUCAGCGACAGCCGUCACAGCGUCCGCCACAAGUUCCCCAUCAACAUCCUCCCGAAGGACGACUCUCCGCCCUUCCUCAUCAACAAUGUGGCGGUAGAGGUGCAGGAGGGCGGGGCUGUGCGGCUUGAGGAGUUCAUGCUGCUGGCCUCUGACCUCGACUCCAGCGACGACUACAUUCUCUAUCAGAUAGUCUCCUCACCCCAGGCUGGGCACCUGGUCAGAAGAACUUCUGCUAAGGAGACAGGUUCACCUGUAGACAGCUUCCUGCAGAAGGAUCUGAUCCAGGGUCAGAUCUUCUACCAGCACUCCGGGGAUGAGCAGUUUGAGGAUGCCUUCGACUUCACACUGUCAGACAGCCACCAGCCACCCAACCUCUCACAGACAUACACAGUGGUAGUUCACGUGUUCCCGGUGAAGGACCAGCUGCCGGUGGAGGUUUCCGGCAGCGUUCGAUCUCUGACAGUGAAGGAGACGGAGGUGGUUUACAUCACCCAGACUCACCUUCAUUUCACAGACCGAGAGCACCCAGAUGCCGACCUCACCUAUGUCAUCACACAGCCCUGCUUCAGCCCAGUGCAUCCUGGCCUGAUGGAUGCAGGACGUCUGUUUUACACCGACAGCACCAACGCCAUGAAGAAAGAUCACAUGGUGCCCGUGUUGAAGUCUUUCACUCAGCAUGCAGUGAAUCACAUGAAAGUGGCCUUCAUGCCUCCUGUCGAGGACAUCGGCCCUGAGCCCCUCUUCAUCCAGUUCGUCUUCUCUGUCAGCGAUCACCAUGGCGGCACCAUCUCCGGCCUGAUCUUCAACAUCACAAUCACACCUGUUGAUGACCAGGCACCAGAGGCCUUCACCAACCUUCUGCGGCUGGAGGAGGGCGGCGGGGCCUUUGUGACGGAGGAGCACCUCCUGGUCCAGGACCGGGACAGUCGGGAGGAGGUGCUGAGGGUGGAGGUUCAGAGCGCGGCUCGUCACGGCCGGCUGGAGCUGCAGGGCCGAACGCUGCAGCAGGGAGACGGGUUCACCCUUCAGGACCUGAGAGGACUGCGAGUCAGGUACAUUCACGAUGACUCUGAGACCACCGAGGACACCGUUGGUCUGAAGGUGACGGAUGGUCUGAAUUCGGUGGAUGUCGUUCUGCACGUUCAGGUGUUGCCGAUGAACGACGAACCACCUCAGCUGGGCGGGGGUCUACAGGGGGAGCUGAGCUGUGAGGAAGGGGGGCGGGUCCAGGUGACGGUGGACUACCUGUCGGCCACUGACCGGGACAGCGACGACUCCAUGCUGACCUACAUGCUGGCCCGAAGACCGAGCAGGGGCGAGCUGCAGCGAGCUGGCGUCACUGUGGACAAGUUCUCCCAGCAGGACGUCCUGCAGGGCCACGUCUACUACACCCACACAGGCGGGGAGAUCGGACCUGAGCCGGUGUUUGACACCGUCACCCUCAUCAUCUCCGAUGGUGAGGCCAGAGGGACGGACAGCUGCUGCCACGGGGAAGCCCCGCCCCCGCCCGUUCCUCUCCACGGCACACUUCCUGUUUACGAUCUCAAUGUCACAGUUCUUCCUGUCAACAAUAAAGUCCCCACCAUCACUCUGGGUGAGUUCAUGCUGGUGGUGGAUGAAGGCUCCUCGGUCUGUCUCUGUGGGGGUGUCCUUGGAGCUUCAGACCCAGACAGCCCCCCCGAGCAGCUCACCUUUCACCUGGAGAUCCCGCCCCUUCACGGCUUUCUGGAGAACACGCAGCCGACGCCCGGCUCCGAGAAGAGCAACACGGGAAUCCGAGUUGAAUCCUUCACCCUCACCCACCUGACCUCCGGCUUCAUCCGCUACGUGCAGUCAGAGCACAAAGGGGUGGAGCCAACUGUCGACCAGCUGUCCGUCAGUGUGAGUGACGGGCUGCAUCGCUCUGCCCCCGUCCCCUUCUACAUCAUCAUCAAACCAACCAAUGAUGAAACACCUUCCCUGCUGUUCGCCAACUUCACCGUAACGGAGGGCGGGAUGACAGCGCUGACUCCGUCCAUUCUGAAUGGUUUCGACCUGGACGCCCCACCUGACCUCCUCACCUUCACCGUGGUGCGGCCGCCGGCUCACGGCAGCCUGAUGAACGGCAUCUACGGCAGGGAGACGGGAGCAGACCUCCUGCACAGGGGCCUACCCAUCAUUUCCUUCACCCUGCAGGAGCUCCGACAAGGCAUGAAGAUCGUCUACAUGCACGACGACACAGAAACCCUGAAGGACGCUGUGGCUCUGCGGCUGACAGAUGGUGUCCACACAGUCGAGGGGACGGCUCAGGUCACUGUGCUGCCGGUCAACGACGAGAAACCGCGACUGCUCAAGAACGCUGGGCUGCAGGUGGACUCGGGUGAGCUCAGGGUGAUCUCCAGUGUGGCUCUGGAGGCCGAGGACCUGGACACGCCCCCAGACCAGGUGUACUACUUCCUCAAUGCUGCACCGCACUUUGGAAAACUGCAGCUGAAGACGGCGUCGGGGUGGAGCGAGCUGACGGCGGCUCAGAACUUCACUCAGGACGACGUGGAGAUGAACCGACUGCGGUACCAACACACCGCCAGCGCCGCCGGCUUCAAAGGUCACGACAGCUUCCGCUUCACCCUCAGCGACCUGGACAAUGAGUCUCCGGCUCAGAGCUUCUUCAUCUCCGUGCACACGGUGCAGAAAGGGGACAUCGUGCUGCUGAGCAGGCCGGUGCACCUGAGGGAGGGGCAGCGGGUCGUCCUGAACACCGACAUCCUGCUGGCGUCGGACUCUGCGGGUCGGCCCGAGGAGCUGGUCUACACGGUGUCUGACCCGCCUCGUCACGGCCUCGUCCACGCCGUCCACCAGCCUGGAGUCCCACUGCUCAGCUUCACCCAACUGGAUGUGGCCGCGCACCGAGUGUGCUACACCCACGACAAUAGCCAUGACGCCGAGGCCGACUCCUUCAGUUUCGUCGUCACAAACGGCGACUCGUCUCGGAGCUCCACCCUCCGCUUCACCAUCGAACAUAGCGACCGCAUCCCGCCCACCCUCAGCCGCAACGCCGGCCUCCAGCUGCAGGAUGGCUCCACGGCAACUAUCACCUCCGACCAGCUGCAGCUCACCGACCCCGACAGUGCCGUUGCCAACCUGAGCUACAUCAUAACGCAGCUGCCACGGUAUGGGAAGCUGCUGCUGAAAGGAGCGCCGCUGUCCUCACCGCCCCGGUUCUUCCAGACAGAUGUGGACGAGCUCCACCUGAGUUACCGACACGACCCAAGCACCCCAGCGGAGAUGGACAAGUUCUUCUUCCUGCCGAGCGAUGGAAACAACAGAGGCUACCUGGAGUUUGGACAGCUGAGGGAGGAGCCUGCUGUGUUCAUCAUACAGGUGGAUCGGGUCGACCGCACACCUCCCACUCUCACCACCAGGGGGAGUCCCAGCACGGUGGUGGAUCUGGGCGGUGGGCGUUAUGGCAUCUUCAUCACCAACAGAGAGCUGCAGGCCUCGGACCCCGACAGCCCCGCAGAGGAGCUCGAGUUCUCCAUCAGCAGACCUCCACACUUCGGAUACCUGGAGAACGCUGCCACAGGUUCGUACAUCAGAAGUCGUUUCACGCAGCGUGACGUGGAUCAGCGAGCUGUGAUGUUCGUCCUCCCCGCUGAUGUCGAGGUGACGUCUGACAGCUUCCUGUUCGUCCUCAGAGACCCUGCAGGAAACAGCGCGCUGCCUCAGACGCUGGAGCUGUCCUGGUCUCGGGUGGAGCUGUCGGCGACCUGCUACAGAACCUGUGAGACGGCCGGGACGCUUCAGAUCCACGUGCAGCGCAGCGGGAGGAGCAUCGACCCCGCCUACGCCGCCAUCCAGGUGGACGAAGGAUCGGCCAAAGCUGGCAGAGAUUUCACUCACAGCACCGCGAGUCUCAUCCAGUUCGAUCCAGGUGUGAACGUUAAAACCUGGAACGUUUACCUGAUCGAUGACGGCCUGGAGGAAAACCACGAGAGCUUCACGGUCACCCUGAAAAACCCUCAAAACGCCGUCCUGGGACCGAGCAGCUCGGCUACCGUGGAGAUCAUCGACCCCCGCCGAGGAAGGUGUGACCCAGACGACCUGAAGAUGGAGGAUGAUCGGCGACCCCUUCCUCCUCCUCCUCCUCUUCCUACUCACCUCCCUGAUCAUCUGCACCCAGAGGUCACUGACAUAGAGGCUGAACUGCUGUGGGAAAACCAGCCUCAUCCCCCCCGAGGAGACGUCCCGAAUCGCCAUCUGGACUACAGAGAGGUGGAGCCACAAGACCCAGAUGCAGACAGCCACAGCAACCACCCCUACAUCCAGCAGCACAUGGGGAGCAGCAGUGGGAGCACUGGGAGCACUGGGAGCAGGGUCAGACAUGGAGCACUGAAGGUCCAUCUGCCAGCAGAGCGGAGGCCUGAGGAGGAGCAGGAGAAGGUUUGGACGUUCCACAGUCUGACUCCUCUCCGGCUGGAGGAGCUGCAGCCCGGUGAUGUCGGGUGGAGCUGGUCACCUCAUGGGCCCCCCCUGCAGGAACUCAGAAUCGAAGACUCUCCUCAGAUGGAUCAUCAAGCUCAGAGACACCAACCAGAGCUCCGCCAGCACAAGGCAGGGAAGUCUGUGAGCAGCUCAUGUCCUGACGGCUGGACUCACUACAGGAGACGAUGUUACAUCCUCAGCUCGUCUGUGGCGAGCUGGACCAGCGCCGACAGAACCUGCUCGCUGCUGUUUAACAGCAGCCUGAGCGGCUUGAACUCCAGGAGAGACGUGAGCUGGCUCUGGAGGUUUGCAGGGAAGAAACCGUUUUGGAUUGGUUUGUCCGGAGGUCCGGGACGCUCAUCGUGGGCUGACGGUCGCUCGCUGUCUUUCUCCAGACUGAGGUUGGCGCCGCAGAGCCACGGUGAGCCUGAGGUCGACUCAGACUGCGUGCUGGUUCAAACCCCCAGAAGCUGGAUCUCCACGAGCUGCUCUGCAGAAACUCAGCACUCAUUCAUCUGUUCAUCACCGGCUCAGACUCACUGAGAUGUUCACAGCCGGCCUUCAUAUUUAAUGUGAUGCUGCUCUGUAUAUUAGUUUCAUACUUUGAAUAAAGUUGCUGCACAAACACCA